UUUUGUAGAUCUGUCAUUACAGGCCAUGUUUUCAUGUGACUCUCCUCUACAGUAGAGAAACACAGAAACACAGCGUAUUUGUUGUCUCGCCGGCUGUGAUGAGACACCAACCCGAGACUUUUAUGAUAUUUAACACACAAUAACAUCUGACCGAGCUGCUGGGAACAGGUGUCACCGGUUUAGAAGACUUUCCAAGCAGGUUUUUAUAAAACACCAUGACCCAGUGACAUCAUUUGAACAACUUCAUUUUAAACUUGUCGGAGUGCCAUGGCGCCACCAAAUGGCUACUCCAUCAACUCGACCCCUCUGGACGAGAGCGAGGACGGUGAACCCCUCAUCGAGAAUGAUCGGGUUCCCUCUGCGUGCUGCUCGGCUCGCCUUAACCUGGCGUUCCUCAUGUUCUUGGGGUUCUCUGUGGUCUACGGCCUCCGGGUCAACCUCAGUGUUGCAAUGGUGGCCAUGGUGAACAUCACCGACCCCACACCAGCCCCGAACAGCUCUGUAUUCCACGCCUGUCCUCUGCCAGCGGGGAUGGAAAACUCCAGCGACACUUUCCCACAACAAGACGGGAUCCCUCAGUACCCGUGGGACUCAGAGACUCAGGGUUGGCUGCUUGGAGCUUUCUUCUUCGGCUACCUGUGCACUCAGAUCCCAGGCGGCUACCUGUCCGGUCACUACGGGGGUAGCAUCUUCAUGGGUUUGGGCGUGCUGGGCACUGCCGCCCUCACCCUGCUCACUCCUCUGGCUGCACAGAUGGGAAUCUACUGGCUGUUUGCACUAAGAGCGCUGGAAGGCUUUGGAGAGGGUGUGACGUUCCCGGCCAUGAUGGCGAUGUGGGCUCGCUGGGCUCCCCCUAUGGAGCGCUCUCGCCUGAUGACUCUGUCAGGAUCUGGGGCAAACUUCGGGGCCUUCGUGUCUCUGCCGCUCACUGGCUACAUCUGCCAAACUCUGGGCUGGCCCGCUGUCUUCUACCUCUGUGGUGGUGCUGGGUGUCUCUGGGCCGUCUUUUGGUUUAUAUUUGUGUCAGAUGAUCCUCGCACGCAUCGCCGAAUCAGCGAAGAGGAGAAAGAUUACAUCAUAAGUUCCAUUGGAUCUCAGGGUACAGGUCAUGGCUGGUCCGUGCCCCUGCUGCCCAUGCUGCUGUCAGUACCCUUGUGGGCCAUCAUCGUCACCCAGAUGUGUGCAAACUGGUCCUACUACACGCUGCUCACCUCCCUGCCCACCUACAUGAACAACAUCCUGCACUUUGACCUCAAAUCGAACGGUUUCCUGUCCGCUCUGCCGUACCUCGGGGCCUGGUUGGCCUCCACGCUGUCGGGCGUCGUCGCCGACAGCCUGAUCGAGAAAAAGGUCUUCAGCGUCACCAACGUACGCAAGAUCUUCACCAUCACAGGUCUUUUGCCGGGUGCAGCCUUCCUCCUGGCGGUGGCUUACUCCGGCUGCAGCCACAUCCUCACCGUCACCUUCCUCACACUCUCCACAACCAUCGGGGGAACCAGCGCCUGCGGAGUCUUCAUCAACCAGAUAGAUAUCGCUCCUCGGUAUGCAGGAUUCCUCCUGGGGAUCACAAACACAUUCGGGACCAUUCCAGGAGUCUUAGCACCCAUUGCUACAGGAUACUUCACAGAGGAUCACACCCUGGCAGGCUGGAGGAAGGUGUUCUGGGUGGCAGCUGGGGUCAACGUUGCUGGUGCCAUCAUCUACACCUUAUUCGGCAGUGGGAAGACUCAGCCGUGGGCCGUCGCAGAGGAGGAGGUAGCGGAAGCAGAGAAAAACAGGAGCACAUCCAUCAUCACGUAAAACAGAAAUUCCACAAACAUAAACUAAAAAUGCUGAUGAGACGCGGAUUAGAAAGACAUUUAAGAGACUCAGAGGUCCUCAACUUGAAAUAUGAGACAUAAGAAUAAUGCAGUUUUUACUCCUUAUGAACAUGACAUGGGAAAUUUGCAACGUUAAUGUUGUCAUUGGACCAGGACAGUUGAAUUAUGUGUUAUUGAAGACAUUAUUUUUACAGCAUUUGCAGAGUUUUUAUGCCUUUGUCUCUGCCGUUUAGUAAAGCUUUAACUUUUCUUGCUCCUGUAGGAAGCAUUUGAACAUGUUUUCACAUGCAUUCAAGGAAAGAAAACAGAGACUAAAAAGCUGUCUUGUUCAUCAAAAUCACAUUAAGGCACAUUUUUAAGAGCAGGUUUGAAAAAGAGGACAGGGGAUCCAUGGUAUAACUACAUCAAAGAAUAGAUUUAACAAUUUUAUUCAUGGAAAAAAUCAACAUCUGCUGGAUAUUCACUGCCUUCUCAAUCGGAGUUUUCUAACUUUUACUCGUGUUGUUUACUGUUCCUAAAUAUGGAACAUGAAACCAAGUUGAAGCUAUAUCUCUAGUAGUAAUUACAUUCUAACCUCUGACAUUUGCAUUAUAAACAUACGUGGACUAUGCAGCAUCUCAGGUGAAACCAAAACAAAUAAUUUUUUAUUGUUUUUUACAAUGUGAAGGAUUUUAGUGACUAUUAAUGGGAUGGGACUGAUCUUUUUAUGGACAAACUGCAAACUUUACAUCUGUAUCUGUUUUUUAUCUGCUUCCUGACUGUUCCGUAGGACCAAAAGAAGCACUUUUUACAUUCAGAAGUACACAAAAACCAGCUGUAUGAUCAAUAAUGGUGCACAUAUCUCAUCAAUCUCUGUAAGCUAUGCUCUUUUUUUUUUCCGGUUUUGUCCAGAAAACCAAAGCACCUUCAACUUCCAGGAUUUUAAUACUUUUUUUGUAAAAGCGGCAUGAACUAUGAUAGACUUUUUGUAAUACGUUCCUAAAUAUGUGGAUUUGCUGUGUUUUCAUUGUUUCACUGUCUCAGAAGGAUGCUGGCUUUGCAUUCUUUUCCUUUUUAUAGAAAAUCUGACAUUUUAUGACACAUUCUCUUCAACUCAUGUCAAAGUGCACUGUGAUUGUAAACUUAUGAAGUUUUUGAACGCAGUCAAUAAUUUAUUUACCUUCCCAGUGCUUUGAGAAUGUCUGAUGUGGAACAAUGGUGUAAAAUAUGUUUGUGUUUUACUUUGUAUUUUAUUGUAAAGAAAAUCAAUUUGUUUUACUGUAAAAAAUAAAAUAAAAUAAAAAUCUAUUUCAACUAA